CUGCGCAGAUAACGACGCCAACCGGUAUACAAAAUGGUUCAGGGAAAAGAGGACAGUGCCAUCGAUCAGAACCCAGCCUGGCUGGAUCAGCAGAAGUUCGAGUCAUUCCUGGAACGGGAUUUUCCUGAUCUCAAGAAAAUAAAGUCAUUCCGGUUGGAAUCCACGGCGGGAAAGGGUGAAAACUACACAACGCUCAUAUUGAGAGCCCAUUUUGAAUUGGAAUUAAAUGAUGGCUCGCAGAAGAGCACCUGCUAUAUAGCAAAAAUCCUGCCCAACUCCGGAAACCGGGAAAAUGUCGCCAGCUGGAAGGUCUUCGAUAAGGAGCGCAAGACCUACGGACAAUAUAUUCCCGAGUUUGAGCAGAUGUACAGGGACGUCGGCAAGAGGAUUUCCUUUGGACCACGUUACUAUGAGUCAAAGGUUGAGUUGGACGAGGAACUGAUCGUCCUGGAGGAUCUGGGCCAGCGGGGAUUCAGUAAUGUGAACCGCCAAAAUGGCUUGGACAUUCAGCAUACGGAGGCGACUCUGGAGAAGCUGGCCCAGUUUCAUGCCGCUUCCGCUGUGCGAUUCGAGCUCAAAGGAGCCUAUCCCGAGGAAUACAAUCGCAAUCUGUGCAGCGUGGAGGACACCUUCAAAGAGUUUCGCCACGCUCAAGUGAAGGCCUACAUCGAAGCGUUUCCCCUUUACAAUGCCUCACACUUGGCAAAGGAUGUGGAGUCCUAUGGCAGCCAAGCGCAGGACAUGUUCCAGGCCUUCGCGCCCAAGAUCGAGGGAGAGUUCCGAGUGCUAAAUCACGGGGAUGCCUGGUGCAACAACUUCAUGUACCAAUACGACGAGGCGGGCAAGCUGGCUGAUGUCUACUUUGUGGACCUGCAAAUGAGUCGCUUCUCAUCGCCGGCCCAGGACCUACUCUACCUGAUACUCUCCUCCACGCAACUGGAGCUGAAGAUAGCCAAGUUCGAUUACUUGAUCAAGUACUAUCACGAAAAGCUCAGCGAGAGUCUUAAGCUGCUCAAGUACCCAAAACCAGUGCCUUCGCUCAGAAGCCUACAUCAAUCGAUCUUCAUUCACGGCGACUGGAUACUGCCAAUUGUGUCCAUUCUGCUGCCCAUUGUCCUCAUCGAUGGCUCUGAUGAUGCCAACAUGGAUAGUUUGAUGGACGACGAGGGAGCUGGGGACAAGUUCCGGAACAACAUGUUCAAGAAUCCCCGUGUCAUCAGACACCAAAAGGAGAUUCUUCCCUGGGCCCAUAGAAGGGGCGCCUUUGAAGUCCCCAAAUAAAUGUACAAACUGUUGAUAUUAUGUUUGUAAGUAACUAAAUAAAAGCGGUAGAUAAUUAUAAUUGCAUUAUCAGUUCAUAAA